AUGGCUCUAUACGUGGCCGCCGGGUACUCCGGCCCGCCAGGGGAGGGGACGACCAGCGCACCCUCGUCAGUGAUAACCUUCUCAGAGGAGGGGGCGGAUCGCUGUCUGCCGUCGAGUGAUAUGACGAGACGGCCGUGUUGGGAGGCCACGCUGCUGGCUUCUCACGGUCAUGAUGAUGUCCGUGCCGGCCGCUGCGGCUUCGACGAGGAUGAGGAUGAGGAGCCUGCCGAUAAUCGUGAGGAUGAUGGCGAUGAUCAUGUCUACGACGGCGACGCUGACGUAGACGCUUUCGACCACGGUACCGGCUGA